AGCAUGUUUCAGUUACAAGGGUGAGGAAAAUACUGAGGACUUUGGCCUGUCAGGUUAACCUAAAGAACUGAUCUCCCUGGUUUUAGCUUUCCAGUAAGUCACUACUUCCUCCUCAGUUUGCUAUCAGCUCUUAAAGAACUUGCCAGAGUCAGUGAAGAAUUAUGCAGCUAUCAAGAAGAAAUUCGAAAGAGGUCCAACCACAGAAGAAUGAAGUCACUUCCUUUCCUGGGGGAAUUUGAGGAAACCCAAAACACGGUUAUUCUGCCUGAGAUGAACCAUGUGUCCAGCAAUGAAUCACAGACUUCAGUUGCUUUUGAAACAGAGGAACACAACAAUAGGAAGAAUCUGAUGAGCUCCACCAAGGCUUUGAAGGACAUGUCUUAUGGUGGUCUUACUGGUGACAUAGGAACAGACUUCAGACCUUGGCAAAGGAAAGAAGCUCCACCAGUUCCUCCACGGAGCACUUCUCGGCACCUAACAAACUCACUUUCUACAGUUGUACAGCUUUCUGAAGCACCAAUAAGAGACUCAGGCAUCAAAAGCAAUUGCAAGGUUCAGGACUGUUGGAGUGGAGGGAAACUGAGGAAUUCUUCACCCGUAAACAAGAAUGAAUCUGCAGCAGCCUGUGCAAUUGAAGGACAGGCUGUGAAAGUUCCUGUGAUGGUAACUGCUGCAGUACCUGUAACCAAAAAUGAGUGCAAAGUUCCAACAAGUUUCUGCCAUAACACAUGGGCAUAUGAUGUGGUCAAACUUGGGAAAGACAACAGAAGUGAGCCUUUCCAACUGUCAGCCCAAAAGAGUUGUUCAGAUGGAAAUAUGGCCCAAAGCAACAAGAUGCAUCAAAAACAAAACCCCAAGUCUCACAGCAACCCUUUUUACAGUAAUGACUUUUGUACCCCUGCUACCCUGCACAACGACCUUUUGGAAGACACCAGAUAUACUUUGGGAAAGACCCAAAGAAAUGAAAUGUUAGCAGCAAAGAUCGAUGAGUUUAAUCGGACUGUAUUUCACACAGAUAAACAUAACAAUGCUCUGCAACAAAACCAGGUGCCUCAAACAGCAUCAGAAGAUCACAAACCCUGUGGGCCACUGUGUGACUCUGCUACUAGCAGGACAGACACUGUAAAUACGUCUUGUAUUUCAAAUCCCAAACUCUCUGUAGCCAAGGAGCAAGAAGCUAGCAACCCCAGCAAAGCUAUCAGGACAACAGGGCAACAAAAACAAAUGAAUGGACUUCCAAAUACUAGUGGUUAUAGGCACAUGCUCCAGGAGCAUGACUGGAGACCAAGUAAUUUAUCCGGUCGCCCGCGUUCAGCUGACUCAAGGUCGAACUAUGGUGUUGUUGAAAAGCUUUUGAAAACCUAUGAAAAAUCAACAGUGACUUCUCCAUGUAAUGCAAAAUGCUGCAAAGAUAAGUGGACACAGGCAAAUUCUGAAUUCACUGAUGGAGGUUGCGAGAAACUGAGUCAGUAUUUAGAAAUGCUCCAGAUUGAGCAAGAAAAGCAAGAAUUUCCGAGGAAUUCAGCCAAACAUAUUGGGCAGCAACUCAAGCAAGGAAAAGAGAGACAGAAGUUACCAGAGAUCUGUGUGCCAGCUAAAUGUUCAAGCGAGAAGGGUUUUUCCCGUCCUGCUCGGCCAGCAAAUCGACGCUUACCUUCCAGAUGGGCAUCUAGAUCCCCCUCAGCACCACCUGCUGUGAGAAGAACGGUGUACAACUGCUCUGUCUCCUUUCGGUCAGAGACCUCAGUAGUCUGAACCCAGAGCUGGGUUGGAUGGUGUUGUGAAAGCUCUACGCCUCAUUAUAACUGUGUUUGGUAUGUGUCAUAGCAACCAGUUCUACACUAUUGUAUUUUGUCCAAGAGUGACCCCCACCAUGUGCUGGACAAAGUAUUCUGAAUCUUAGGUCAUCAUCACCGUGGUCUUCAGUGUUUUUAUUGAGAUGAAAUAACUAUACCCCUGGUUUUCUCUGGGUUUUUUUUGGUAGUAGUUCACAAAGAAUUUAUUUUGAAUGGCAUCUUCCUUAAUUUGCCAAUCAAUUUUGAGUCGAAACAAUGUAUAGUGCUGUAUAUUCUGACUCUUCUGCAAACAGCAGAACGUAAAGCUGUAUGCAUGAUCAUGUGUUUGUAGGUGCAUGUGUUGGACUAGGAAGUAUACAGGCCUGUACUUAGAAGAGACAAACUGUGCUAGUGUUGACAUUGAAAUUGCAACCUAUAUGCCUACGUAUAUAUAUACUUCAUGUUUAUUUUAAAAAGUUUGAAAUAUACAGUCCUGAUGACAUUUAUAUUUUGUAUAUCUUUUACAUAGGUUCACAGGCGUAGUAUUUAAUGUAAAAAAUACUUAAAUAUUCAUUUUUUGUGACUGAUUGCAGCGAUAAUGCCUUGCACAAUAUGUAUCUGAAGCAGACUAGCUCGACUGAUUUGUCAGUCAUGCUUCAUGGCAUACUCGUUCGGUUUCCUAACCCUUACGCUAGGUCAAAAUACCCAAACAUAUUUUUUUCUGAAUUAAAAUAUUAUAUGAUUUGUAAUACGUUAGCCUUUUUCAGCACCAGAGACAUUUCUGAAAUGUUCCAAUCCCUUUAAAAAGCUUAAAUGUGCCAUUUUAUAUAUAGCAUACUGUAAACACUUUGGUAAUUUCAACUACUGUAACAUACAAUUUAUGAAGGGAAGAAAAGGGUUAUAUAUGCUCAAUUCUGUAAAACUUAUUUUUCCUUCUAGCAUUAUACUUUGAGGUUUGGCAAAGUCAAAUAACAAUGGACUUGUUUACUUUCACUCAAGGCAGGAGAACAAACACCGCUGUACCCAGUGCUGCAGCCACACUCCUCUUUUACUCUUCUCCUAGACUAGAGUGCCUGAGCCACUUGCUCGUUUACUGCUCCCCGACUGACUCGUGGCAGUCAGUUACAAAGUUUACUUGCACUCUGGCAACAAGCUGCAUCUAGUACGGAAAUAUUGCAUCGAGGUAUGAUUACAAUUGUGCCCAAAAUCAUAGACACGUGGCGUUGCAAGUAUGUUUUUGCCAUCACUUGACCUGGUAUUAUGGGCCAUCUGAAUGACAUGCACAGAGCCUGGGUUGUUCCUUCCCACAGUGUGAGAGAAACAUGGAUGCUUCUCACACUCUGAACUUUCAGAAAGACAGUGUCUGUUAUCCUGGAAUUUUUGCACCCUUUCUUAGGCCGUUGCUGGAUGCAUAGUGCAGUAAUGAUGAUAAAUGUUACCUUGAAGUAGCACGUCUAGGUUAAAAGGAGUAAAGAGGGCACUUCUUCAACAUCAGCCUGAUCUUGUCUUACAACUUUUCUUCUCCUGGAGAAACAUAGGAUGUUCAAAGGAAUUUUAAAAAUCAUCCCAGGAUCCAUUAAUGUGCACAUCUUAUGUGAAUGUAAAAAGGAUUUCAGAGAGAGUGUAGGCUUUUGUCCUAGUGAAUUGUAUAUGUGGCAAUAUAGGGAAAAUUAAUUGUGCUUAAUUUGGUAGUGAUCUGUUGUCCUAUUCCAGUCAUGUUGAGAAUUCAUGCCUUUUUCCUUCCUUUUAGGACCUUAUUGUUCUUUCCUCUACACAGCUUUGAUUUUGAAGAGAGAGAAAACAGGAGGCCAUGUGUUCUGAGCAAUAUAGCCUAUAUGGUAGCAUUGGUAACUGUUUGGGCUUGCCAAUAUUAGAGCAAGCAGGCUAAAUCCCACCUUGUCAUGCCAUUGUGGCUCUCUGCUUGGCAAAACCAUGCCCAGAGUAAUUUGCCCUAUCUAGACUUCUGGUCCUUUCUAAGUCUAUCUCACUACAAUAUAUGAAGACUUCAAGCCAAUCAACAAUUCAUUAAAAUUUACUCAGACAUUGCAAAGUUCUUGCUGGAAAAGAUAUAAGGACAGAAAAUCUUGAGGAAAAUUUAUACGGUUUGGAUGGAGACAAAGGUCUGUGUGCUUAAGUGAAAAAUCAAGAGUUCUAUAAAUUUGCCUGCUUGCCCUAAUUUAGACAUUGCACUCCAUUAACUUCCUUAGCCCUAAAAAAAUUAGAGAUGAUUCCCAGUGAAUUUGGAACAUGGCUUAAUAUUCUAACUGGAAAUUAGCAAACCAAAAUGCCUUGAAAAUUGACCUUUUAAUGCCUAAGUAGCUGACCAGCUUUAAAUGCCUAAGGCCGAGGAAAGAGUAAUAUGAAAGAAUUGUAAAAAAAUAUGGUUCUUUAUUUCAGUCAGAGAUGACUGCAAUAACACUCUUUAAAUUACCUCUAAGGUAAAGUUAAGCAGUUUUGUUCUGAAAAAUAGUGGUGCACUUUUGUUUGAAGUAUUUAACUAUGAAAGCAUUUCCCUUGAUUAGUCAGUGAAGGUGUUUCUUUUGUUCCCUUCAGUUUCUUUGGUUGCCUUUGACAUAGACCACAUUGUUGAAUAACAGAGAAAGGAUCAAAUAUCGACAACAUUCCCUGAUGUAUGUAAGUUUAAUGAACAGAAGGUUUUUGAAAUAAACUAAUAGGUCAAGUGCAAGUUCAUUUUGUCAAGGUUUUCUGUGUCCGCCUAAUUACAGACAUUGAUUCUGAUGCCCAGAAGUAUCAAAACUGGUGAUUUUGGUUUGCAGGUGGCUAGUUGGACAUACUAAUUUUAAAAAGUUGUUGCUGUCACUGUUUAAAUAUUUCUUUCAGCUGCACUCAUAACAGGGCCAGUGGACUGUGGUAAUUUUUCUAGUUCCCAUAACUGUGAUUACUGAACCACAGUAAUGGCUCUAUUCACUUAUUUGCUUAAGGGGAAGAGCUCCAUUGGGCUCCGUUCCCCUGUAUUAUUUCUGAAAAGGAAAUCUACACAUACACACACAUUCAUGCAAGAAACAUAAAUGAUCUAAGUAUAACUUGACCUUCCUAUUAAUCCUAGUGUCACCUAUGGAAGUGGCGAGUUUUGUAAACCUGUUUUUAAAACUGGUUUUUAAUAUUAUUCCUCCAUAUGCUGUCUGAAGUCUUAAUGCAGAUAUAUGUUUUUCUUACUUGCACUCCGAAUGAGUCUAAAACUCUCUUUAUUGCAUGCUUGUGGGCCUUAGUAACUCUCUGCAGACACAGUCAGCUGCCCAUUGAAAUAGGGAUGCCACUAGGAAUCAGCUGGCUGGUAAUCAGUUGACAGAAAGCAUCAUUCUCCUUCAUGCUGGGAGAUGGAGCCAUAAUUGUUCCUUGAAACCGUUUUAGGGAGGAACAUGGCAGGGUAGAAGCACAUAGAGUAGAAUAAUUUAGACCUUAUCUGCACAUCUACAGAGCGGGCCACCUGGAGGCUUUAAAACUGGCCUGACUCAGCCUCUGCUAGAGGCAGAAGGAGUAGAGAAAAAGAAUUUCCUUUAAACCCCCUCGGUAUCAUUCCUCAAACUCAGAGUACAUUUCCACUAGUGUUUUGUCUUUACAGUGUUAGUGAUAGACUUCUUGUGUAUCUUUAAAAUGUUGCUGAAGAGAUGAACUCUGCUUGUUCUUCACCAACAACAGAAUUAUCUUUCACUAUUACACACACUGUAAGGGAGUUGGCUGUUAUGUAUAGGAAAGAACUGGCAAUCAGUGUAAUAUAAUUUUCCAGAGCAUUCAGAAUACCAAUCUAUUUCUCCAGUUGUCCAUUUAAAAAAUUGUUUCUGUAAACAGGGAUUUUAUAUCCAAAAGGCUUCAACAGCAUUUUUGGAAAAAAGAUCUACAGCAAUACAGAAGGCAGGACAUUUCCCUUACAGUUUUGUUAUUUCUGGAAUAAAUUUCCUAGCAUGGAAGAACUUAUGCAAUUCUCACAGUGCUGCUAAUGCAAAGAAUUUCUUUGGCUUUGAGGUAUGUAACAUACAAACUCUAGCCAUUAAACUGCUGAUAUUCUCUAUUGGACUCAUCUGUAAUGGUGAAUUUGGUUGUGUUCAUGCUCUUUAAACUGAAAGGUGGAAUGCAUUUGCUCUAAAUGUGCUAAUCAAAGCCCCUUGUUGCCUCUCUGGUCUUUCUACCCCUUCUCAGUUUCCAGUGGAUGUGUAUUUUUAUGUGGUUUAUUGCCAUUGGUCUGUAUGUAUAUGUCAUCCCAUAGGACUUUCUGUCUGUACUGCAGCCAAAAUAUUUUUUGGACAGCCUAUUCUAAAAAGUUGUGAUAUUACUACUGCCAUUCACAAAUACAUUAGAUCUUGAUCUAU